AUGAACAAUUCCAACGGAUGCACCAAUCUACAUUUUAGUCAGUUUUUCUACGUUUCCCCCUCAGCUAUAACCUCAAGUGACCCAGGAUCACAGAAGCAGAGUAAAGAAGAAGAGGGGCCAGAUGGCGGUUGGGGCUGGGUCAUGGUUGCCGCAGGCUUUGUGGCCACAGCUCUGGUUUACGGAGUCAUGCGAGGGAUGGGAGUCUUUUUUGUUGAGUUUGUCCGCUACUUUGAAGAGAGCGCUCAGACCAUCUCCUGGAUCCCGUCGGCAGCACUCGCAGUCCACCACAUAUCUAGUCUGCUGGGCACUGCCCUUUGUAAAGUAACUGAGCCUCGAUAUGUGGUGAUGGCGGGAGGCUUCCUGUCUGGACUGGGCAUGAUACUUGGCUCUCUGGCCACCAGGGUCGUCCAUCUUUUCCUAAGUAUAUCGUUUUUGACUGGUGUUGGAUGGGGACUGGUUUUUGCACCAGUUGUGUCCAUCGUCAUGGCGAGCUUCACUCGAAAACGCAACAUGGCGCUAGCUGUAGUGCUGAGCAGCAUCAGCCUUUCUGCCUUUGCUUUCAAUCCAUUGUUCCAGCUGUUUGUGGACAGCUACACCUGGAGAGGAGCUCUGCUCAUCGUCGGAGGAAUGUCCUUCAACAUUGUGGCCACUGGAGUUAUCAUCCGUCCACAGUUACCGGCUAAAGCACCGGCAAAGGUGACAUCACAGAGACUGUCGGCGUCUGCUGUGCUGCGACAAAUCUCCUCCUACCUGGAGCUGCCGCUGCUCCUCAAGAGGGCUUUUGUCACGUAUUCUGUUGCAUGCAGCUUUUUCAUUGUUGGCUACUAUGUGCCCUUUUUCCAUCUGGUUGCUCACAGUCAACAGGUUGGUUUCUCAGAAUACCAGUCAGCUUUUGUGGUGUCUACCGCAUGUGCCGGCGAACUGGCGGGUCGUUUUUUGUCGGGUUACAUAUCGGACAAGAACUACUUUCGCUUAGUGCAUUUGGUGAACUUCUUUGCAGUAACACUAGGAGUCAGCAUCUUGCUACUGCCGCUGCGCUGCUUAGCAGGCUCGUACCCUGCACUGGUGACCAUGAGCCUGCUCUACGGCCUGAACGCCGGGGCCGUGUCUACUCUAGUGUACAGUAUCAUCCCACUUCUCACCGGGCCCGAGCGUAUGAUGGGAGGUCUUGGGCUUUUACAACUCAUCACAAGUUUUGGAGGAGUGCUGGGGGCGCCGUUGUCAGGGCUGCUGAGGGACGUCACGGGGGACUACCUGAUGUCCUUUGUGGUCGCUGGAGUGUCUGUUCUGCUCUUCGUGGUCAUCAACGCAACCAUUCCUCAGUUUUUCUCCUGCACUGACCCUCCUGUUCCACAGAAACUGCUCAACACGGACCACUAA